UAAAUACCCUGAUCGUAGUCUUUAACGGCAGACGACACACAAUGUCUGAAUUAUCCUACAGGACCUUUGCUGGUUUUCUCAUCUUGUUGGGUUGUCUUGGGAUGACCUUGGCUGUUCAUGCUAGUGACGCAAAAUGUGGAUCAAAUAAGGCACGAGGCAUCCUUGACCGUUCUUUGAGGGUUAUUGGAGGAUCAGAGGCCAGGCGAGGUUCCCAUCCGUGGUUGGUGUCUCUUAGGAUCAGAGGGUCGCAUUUCUGUGCUGCUGCGAUCUUGACAGACCACUGGCUCUUGACUGCUGCUCAUUGCUUUGCAAGUGUAUCCAAGGACUUCCUGCACAAAAUUGAGGCUGUAGCAGGUGAUUUCAACCAAAGAGAAGUUGACAGAGGGGAGCAGAACUUCCAGGUAAAGACUGUGAAGUUCCAUGAAAAAUAUCAACACUCCUCUCCCAUGACUUACGACAUCGCUCUGCUUGAGAUCAAAGGACGCAUUCACUUUGGUGGUUUUAUUAAGCCUGUUUGCCUGCCUUACCCUGGUGAGAGGUUUCCACCCAAGACCAUGUGUGUUGUUGGUGGAUGGGGCCGUAUUACUGAGAAAGGGCCACUUUCUUCAGUUCUUCAGGAGGUCCAACUGAACCUGUUAGAGCAAAGCAAGUGCAAACAUGUCCUACAAACACUUAGACCUGGACAGAAGAUCUUUACAGUCCUGUGUGCUGGCCCAGAGAAUGGAGGGAGAGAUGCCUGCCAAGGGGAUUCUGGGGGACCCCUCCUCUGCCCGAGAGCAGAUGGAUGCUGGGUAGCUGUGGGAGUCACAUCGUGGGGUAAGGGUUGUGGACGAAGCUGGAAUAACAACAAGAUCAAACCCUUAUCCAGAAGAGGCUCACCUGGAGUAUUCACUGAUGUCUUAUUGUUCCUGUCAUGGAUCAAGUCUAAUCUUAGAAAAGACAGGUCCCUGUGUGGUGUACCUGAUGGGGUUGUACCUGGAAGUGAAGGCAUCAUCAAAAAUCCAGCUCUCCCAGGUCAAAGCUACAACAACAAUGAGAUGUGUCUGUGGUCUCUUCGAGUUGCAGCUGGAGAAUAUAUUCUACUAGAGUUCCUGGAGUUUGACCUGGAAAAUGAUACACAGUGCUACAGCGAUCAACUGACUGUUUAUGUGGAUGAAGACAGGCGAAUAGGUCGAUUCUGUGGUGGUCAACCUCCACCUCCGGUUCUUAUAGGUGGUUCCCACAGUCUCACAGUGCAGUUUGUGUCUGAUGUGAGCAACACAGGUGCAGGAUUUGCCAUCAAAUUCAGUGGUGUUGACAAGGACUACAGUUUUGGAGCUGGAUGUGGAACAGUGGUGCUGUUACAGCCCAAGGGGGCUGUGUGGAGCCCUGCCUACCCGCAAGCCUACCGCAACAACACUCUUUGCCGCUGGGUCAUCUAUGCCCCAGAAGGCCACAUAGUCAAGCUUGACUUUGACGACUUUGACCUUGAGGAGUCGGAGAACUGCAAAUAUGAUUCACUCACAGUGUUUGGAGACAUUGAUGGCAAGGAUGAAAUAGUGGUUGUAUGUGGCGCGAGCAUCCCUCCUGCUGUUCUCAGCCAUGGUGGCAUAAUGCUUCUACAUUUUAGCACAGACAACACCAUCACCGCCCGUGGUUUCAACACCUCCUUUUCUUUUAUCAGCGAAAAAGAUCUGAGAGAGACAGCGUUUGAAGAUCAGGGGGAGGAAGCAGCUGAUGACAGCAGAGUUAUCUCACCACGUUUGUCAAAUGCUCCGUAUGGAAUGCCUGAUACCUUUGCUACCUCUGGACUGGACGCCCCAAGGACAACAGAGGAUGAUGGGACACUGUUGUGGCAUGUGAGCAUUAGUUCGGGUGCAGGUUAUGAAUGCAGCGGGGCGAUCAUCCAGUUGCAAUGGAUCCUUACUGAUGCAAACUGUGUCUAUAACCUGGAAGAAGGAUAUUUGAGACUUUUAUCAGUGACAGCAGGAGGCUUGAAGAAACAGAUCCGUGAUGUGAUUGGAGUACUCAUACAUCCUCAUCACAGCCCAUUCUCUCUUGACUACAACGUGGCUUUGCUUAAACUGAGCUCGCCGUUAAAUCUCAGUGAAAGUACACAGCCUGUCUCUCUACCCUCUGCUGGACAGGAAACCCCACCCUCCCUCCACUGCUGGGCUCCGGCGUGGACUAGCCAAAUGUGAGAUGGGAAGUACAGACCUGUGCGGCUAAACAUAUCAGUGCUGGAACGAGCAGUGUGUGAACAAUGCCACAGAACUAGAUUGACACCUAAUAUUCUAUGUGCUGGACUGAGCAGUGGAGCAUCAUGCAUGACACACUGGCCUGCUGGAC